AUGCCAACUCACAAGUGGAAUCGUGCCACCACAUCACGCCUCCAACAGCCUGAGUAUGUCCUAUCUCUUCUGACGGCAACCCUUCUCGCUGCCAUUCUCCCAGCUGCCAGUGGUGCGCCGGCCGUCUUACUUGAACGCAUCGUUGCUACCAGGUCUUCGGGUGCAUGCCCCGAAGAUGCCGCUAUCAUCUACAGCCUGGCCAGCUACCUCGUCAGCAACUAUGCUAUCCAUGUCGGCACCGUCUUCCUUGGUGCAGACACCGGACAGGAUACAGAAUGGGUGACACGUCGUGACGCAUGGGUCUAUAGUCUGUGGCUGGCGGCGAUUUCACUCUUCCUGCCUUAUUUUUCGCUCGCCAGGACGCUCAUCCUCAUUGUGCAGAAGUCGAGAUGUGGCAGCAAUGGCCUUCUCGCGGCACUUUACCACGGCGCACUCCUCGUCGUCGUCAGAGACCCGCAGUGGGAGCCUGCUGCAGAUGAGCCUAGCGUGGUUUACACUCGGCUACCUCAAGGUUUUACAUUCGACGAGGUGACGACACAGACGGCCACCAUCGUGCUUGAUGCACACGAAACGCACGCUUACCGGCCCGUGGACCACGAUGAGCAUUAUCUGCACGGUAUGGCACGCCCCACGGUUGGUUAUAGGCUCGCGGUACCGCAGCGCAAGAGCUACACCCAGAUCUUGAUCCGCAAUCAUCUCGAGGACACGACAGAACUACGCGUGCAUCAUCGCACGGGUACCGUCGGCGCAACGCUGUCAAUCAUCCAGAUCGUUGCUGGAUCCUACAGCCUAUACAUCUCGUGGUUGAGCCAGGUUCCCACCUGGGGAUACGCAUCAUACGGCCUAACCGUACUCCCGUAUGUUGUCAUGUCCAUCAUCAACCUCGUUUGCGCAAUCUGUGUCGACAGCUAUGCAUGCGCUCAGCUUCUCCGGACGCCCAUUCUGGAGGAGUCUCUCCUGCGACGGGAGCGCACCGAAUCUCAGCCUUCGGCUUACGAUGGGACCAUUGGUACGGUGCGAGAAGAAAGCCGUCCCGCCGCCGCCGACGUCGAAUCCCCCUAUGUUGCAGUUGGGAUGCACGUAGAAACUCGGGACGAUGUUGAUGGACAACCACAGAAAUACAUCGUCGUGACUCCUGCCACUACAGACGAGCCUGAGGUCAUCGAGGCCCCGGGCAUGGGCCGCUCGGACGGCUCGCCCCCUGUGCAGUUCAUACUAUCUGCAAUGAGCCACACCGGUGUUCCACUGGAAGAUGAAUUGAGGGAGGUGGAGCUGCGCACAAUGCCUACCUCAGCGAUCCGUUGGAUAUACGCCUUUCAGGCAGCUGCCAUAGCCUUGCCUACCGCGGUGAUUGGCGCUUUGACCGGCUUUCAUCCUCAGCAAAGCACCAAGACCCAAAGGGCAUGGAUAAUAGCGUGGAUGGUGGCUGACGUUUUGGCGUCCUUAUUCACCUCGAUCUACUGGACCGUAUGGAUUCGCUGGAACCCGGUCGAGGUGUUAGGUCGGGGCAAACCGUUCGCGUGGUCAACUAUGCGCUACUCGGCCUAUAUCAAUAUGGUGGUGGCGGGGAUAGGCGGCUUUGUGAUGGUAGUGAAGAUGUUUCUACAGGACCAUGAAUAUGGGCAUCAGACAUGUUCCCUGUAG